AAAGGAGAAUAGACAGAUAGCUGGCGGGAGUAGACCCGACUAAGAAAAGUCGAAAAUCUUAAUUCGGACGCGGUGCCGCCCUCGCAACGCGAUGGGCGGUGACUCGCAAGCGCCGAUUGGCCUGGUUCAGGAAAGGGUGAGAGGUCUUGUACGGGGGUGGCAGAGAUCUGCGCCGUGACGCCGGGACGGCGGCGUGUGCCGCCGACGCCGCGUCGACCGGUUCUACUGGUACCUCUAUGAACGCCAGUCGACGCCGGGCGUCCCAAGCGCGUACUCGUUGGGAGCCGUUCCUUGUAUCGCGCCCAGAUCGAACACAUCGUAACUGACGAGCGAUAUCCGCCAAGAUUUUCCGGAACAUCGGUGUAGCAUUUCAUUUUUCUCCCAACUGAUUUUUCUCGAUAUUCGAUAUUCGAUAUUCGAUACAGAUAUUUCAUACUGUCCGUUUACUCGAAGCAGUGACAUUCAUGUCGUCUACGACCAUGUAUGGCGGGGACAUAAUCUUUUAUAAAAUUCUGACAUAGCACUAGUAGCAAUCCUCUUAAUGAAAGAUCGCACCGGGAAUCCCUCGGAUCAACGCGAUAAGUGCUUUAACACGCCUGUCCUCGCUGGACUCCCUCAGGGACGCGGAGCGAGUGUAGUCUCCGGGUAAUUGGCAGUGACUGGAAAGAGACUCGACUCGUGAACCGAUAGAAUGCGAAUGCGGAUCUUAUACUCGUGACAUCGAAUUUUUUAAUCGGAUAUCGGUGAUGCAGCUACAUGCUGGAAGGAGGAAGGGGAUGAUUGUUAAUUUCCUACCAAGGAUGGUGGCGGUCUUUGUUUUCGUUUGCCUCCUACUGCAGAAUGGUCGCUCGACAUUCGCAGCGUUUACUACUGUUACCACCAUCCCUGAUCCCGAAUUCGUUGACGAAAUAGGAAACAUUACAGUACCAGCAGGACGAAAUGUCAAACUGGCAUGCAGUGUGAAAGAUCUUGGAUCAUUCAAGGUGGCCUGGAUGCUUUUCGACAAGAGCGCUAUCCUGACGGUACAGAAUCACGUUAUUACCAGGAACCCCAGAAUAUCCGUGUCGCACGAUAAGCACAGGACCUGGUUCCUACAUAUCAACGACGUGCACGAGGAGGACAAGGGAAAGUACAUGUGCCAGAUUAACACUGCUGCCGCCAAAACGCAAUAUGGCUAUCUACACGUCGUAGUGCCGCCGAAUAUUGACGAUUCGCAAAGUUCAUCGGAUGCGAUCGUUCGCGAGGGUGCCAAUGUCAGUCUCACCUGCAAGGCGACCGGAAGUCCAACGCCUAGCAUUCGUUGGAAACGAGACGACGGUACCAAGAUCUCGAUCAACAAAACAUUGUCUGUGGCAGAAUGGGAGGGCGAAACGUUGGAAAUGGCGCGGAUUUCGAGAUUGGACAUGGGCGCGUAUUUAUGCAUCGCCAGCAACGGUAUACCACCGACGGUUAGCAAGCAGAUCAAAGUAUCGGUCGACUUCCCCCCCAUGCUCUGGAUACCACACCAAUUGGUCGGCGCACCCCUGGGUUAUUCCGUUACACUGGAAUGCUAUACCGAGGCUCAUCCGACUUCUUUGAAUUACUGGGCGAGGGAGGAUGGCCUAAUGAUACACGAAAGCAGUAAAUACAAGACGAUGUCGCAACCCGACAAGCCAUCCUACAAAACGCACAUGCAGCUCACGAUAAACGACAUACAGAGAGAAGACUACGGUAGCUACAAGUGCAUCGCCAAGAACCCACGUGGAGAAACCGACGGGACGAUUCGUCUGUACAUGUCUGCACCGCCAAGUACCAGUCCUAGCCCGUCUACCACGGAAAUCCCCAAAAAAGAUUGGGAAUUCAUGGCGGAGAUGAAUAACUCUGUUUACGGAAAUCCAAGUUCGCUGACAAUUCAAAAUGAGAAGAAUAUCAAGACAGGUACCAAGUUCCAGUCGAACCUGAAUGAAAUUGGGAAAUCGGAACAAAAAUCAACUGAACUGGACAGAAAAAGAAAUUAUAACUGGCCUCCUGAUAAAGAUUCAGCAACGGGCGUGAUGACGACCGUGACGCUCCUACUAAUUGCUCUGGCCAUAACGAUAAUUCGAUAAGUAAGAUUCGAAAAAAAAAAGAAAAAAGAAAGCGAACGACGACCUCGUCGUUGAUACACCAUCGGUGUUGGUUUCCCUAAUUAAUGGACUCAAUUAAAAAAAAAAAAUAAAAGAAAAAUUAGAAUUCAAACAACACGAAAGACAGAUACACACAUAAAACACGCGCGCACGCAUAUACAUGCAUACGAUUACACAAAGGUGACACAAAGACUGACUGGUGUAGUUAGUGUUCGUAUUAAAUGACGGAGAGAGUAAUUUACGCGUGCCAAGUUAGUGUAGCGACGACAGUCCACGAGUGGCCAAGAAUUAAUGGAGCACGAAUCCUCAUCGAUCUCCCCUUCGCCGAUCGUGCGUUGCGUGACCUGGAGAAUUAGGGGUGACACGCACCGGGAGGUGGAACAACGAGAACGAGAGGAAAGGGUAUUAACAAAAGUGCAACGACUAUCGCUUUCAGUGUAAUAUAUUGUAUAACGCCGUAACAACAGAUACCAGUGAUCUCGUUUCCGCGAGAGAGUGCGAUCAGGAGAACGUGUGUGAGAGUGAGUCUUUACGUUUUUUAACUACAUUAUACGGAAGUAUUUUAAUCGCCCUAACUGAAUGACAUUUUCGGAAUAUCAAAACGAAAUCGUUCGAGCUUAAUACUGAAUUAAACUUUCACCGAGUCAAUUAGUUUUUCAACAUUUUUAAACUUGUAUCUCCCUCCCGAGAUAGUUUUCUUCCCUCGUUCGGACCAUCGAUGCGUGAGGGCCUCGCCUCAAUUUUGUCAAUAAAAUAAUAGAACGUGUCGUUAAUCGUGCUUCGAGCAAAGUUCGCCAUCGAUAUCCAAAUCAGAUUUCAUUCAUGUACGUAAUCAUGGCUCGACUGCGUGUAUUCCUUAAGCAUUUCAGCUAUGUCUUUUUUUUCUUUUUUUUUCAUUUAAACGCGUAAGUGCGAGAAAAGUGCGUGUAUUAUCUUCAACAUCAAUUCCACUUUUUUUUCUCCGCGGCAAACUUCUCCGUUCCGCCAAGUACAUUUUAAAUUCUCCGAUUCUUUCUCCACCUCGUUUCUAUUCUUACCUCCUUACGUACGAAAUCAUGGAUCCCAUCUGGAUACUCGAGAUUAAAAUGUCAGAUUUGGUAGAGGGGAGUUGCUCUCAUCUGGAGAGGCAGUCGAAGAAAGAACGGACAACGUGGAGGGAGAAAAUGGAAAAUUUAGCGGCAGAGAAAGAAACGAGAAUAUAUCGUAACAAAUAAGAAAUUGAAUAUUAUUAAUUGCAAACAUUUUCGAAAGAAUUCGAUAUUGCUCCGCUUUUCUAAAAAAAGUUGUAAUCUUUUUUUAAAAGACAUUAUGUACAGGCAGGCGUGCCGGUCUUGUUUAAUUAUAAUUCUAAUCACGCCAUGCGCGUAAUCGUAUGUAACCACAAGUGGAAAGUCAUUUAAAUAGAUUUUUUUCUUACUGUACCACAAAAAAAAUUAUCUCUUUUGCAAGAAAAUAUAGUUCUUUUUCGCCUGUGAAUUAAUAAUUCUAAAUCUUAAUUGACCGUUGUAAAAUCCAUUUUCUCUCGAAAUAUAGGACGUGCUCAAAUUGCACAUUUAUUUAUACAGUUGCAAAGAAAAGUUUUAUUAUUUACGUUAUUUAAUGAAACUUGUCUGUGGUAUUGUACGAAGAAAGCAAUUUAUUUUGAUGUAAACGCGAUUCGCCUUUUCCGCUUCUGACGUCAUAAUUCCGGACGGUGAUUAGAAGCCUUGUGCAUAUCAGUGAAACGUUUAUCUUUUAUUACUUCUUAUUGCAUUGAUAAGCAAUUUAUAGAAACAGAAAAAAAGUACGCGCUGUAAAAAGUAACUUUCCGUACUCAAUGCACAUUUGCAUAUUAACACUAUGUCGACGUGCAUUUCACUCUUAAUCAGAUCGGCACCAAACAUCGUUCAACUGAAUAUCCACUUAAGAGAAUAAGAAACAAUUGCAAAGUAAAUGAUAUACUAAAUGAUUUACUAAAAAUAGAAAGUCGAAAGUAGAAACCUUGACACGUCGUUGCAUCGCGCGAUCGCGAUCGAUUUGUUUACGUGUUAAUUGAUCAAAUUGGGAUUUAUUCGUAGGCGGUCGCCGCGAGAGGCCGGUCCGGUCUUGCCGGGUUUUAAGCGGACUUCUAACUACUUAGGAAUAUCCAUUAUUCAGCGUACAUCUUGUUUAAAGCAACAGGUUCGAGAGAGUCCCUGCACUCGGCGCGCAAAGGAGUUAAUGCCCGCCAUGGAUUAAAGAAGGGAACGGGUCGACUUAGGGAUUACGCAGACUUACUCUGAUGAGGUCUGUAAUCGUAUCAUUCGCGAGACUAGCGAUCUUAAAAGUCAUAAGCAUUUAACAUGAGGGGAUCACGCGUCUUUGAAACAGCGCAGCGUUUGCAGUCUGUAGAAAUUACUGUGACAAAUUCAAAUCCCGAUUUGAUCAAGGUUGCGAACGAUUGUUUCUCAACUUGUCGAUUAAAACGCAUUUAUUGCAUUUAGUGCAUUUACGCACGAACGAUUAACCAAUAUUUUUUUAUUAAAAACAAAAACAUUUUUAUAUAUACAUUAUAAACAGUUUCCGUUUGGUAAAAGUAAAAUUGUGGAAAAAUCUAUGAAAAAGCAAUUAAACACAAUAUGUUGCAUGCCAAUAUAUGGAUUGCACUCGACAAUACGUCGAUAGUGCUUAAAUGAAUUUUUAGACCAAUACUUGUCAUCAAAAGGUACUUGAAUGUUUCGAAUUUUCUUUAAUAUAAUAUUAUCAUUAACUAUAUUAUUCAUUUUUUUUAUAUAAUAUUUUAUACAAUAUUGAUUUUUUAUCCUAGAAUGAUUCUGUACAUAUAAUCAUACAAAGUUUUAUUUAUAAGGGAGAGAAUAUAAAUGCGAACGCGUCGCAAUCUUUUUGCGGACGCAAAGAUGAUUGAACUCAUUUGUUAUUCUUAUGCAGAGAUUUAAUUAGUUAAUACAAGUGCAUUAUAGUUAGUAGUUUUGUGUAAAACUCUGAAUAAAAAUCAGAAGAAUCACGUUUUAACAUCUUUGUGCGAGUAGUUUCGUCUACUAAAAACUCUCCGGGGCUAAGUAAGAAAGAUACGUCAUUUUUUUGGGCAUGCUUAAAAACUUAAAAGCUAUCGCCUGUCGAGAAGCGAGCAUUGCCCAUAACGCAAGUAGAAUCCACAUUGCACAUGUGUAUGUACGUGCGUGUGUAUGUGUGUAUGCGAUUGUAUGUGGAACGACAAUGAUUUCUUGUCUCGUAACAUCCGUGCGUAAUGCCAUUUUCCGUUAGCGUCGUGAUAGCGAUAGAGUUUAUUUUCAAUUCCUUAAAAUUCCUCAACUUAGAUGGCCUAAAUUUAAAGAUGAAAAACUCGCCAUCGAAGACUCACUCACGAAUCACACGGAAAAAUGAAAAACGAUGAUUUAAUCUCUCAAAGAUAAAGAAAAGAAAUAGCAUUUGAAAAUGAUAUCCAAAUUCUUGCUAUAAUCAAACAAGUUUAAUAAAAUUCGUCAACGGCUAAGGGAAAAUGGUGACGCGAAUUAUUCGAAUUAUCGGUCUAACGUUGACGCUCGAACGUUGACUCGUCAUUGGCGAACCCUGUAAAUAGAAGUACACCAGUGAUAAGAAGUGCACGUAGAGUAAGCUUCGCGCAGUCAGCGAUGAUAGUGUGUACGAUGCGCGACGCGCGACGCGCGACGCGCGACGCGUCGCGUACACCGGCAUCGUUAAUUCGUUUUUCCGUUUCGCCAAUUUCCUCUUUUAAGUUCUUCCGCCGCCGUUUCUCGCGCGCGGAGAAACGCGUAAGAAGGGUAAAUCUUAGCGAGGAAUAUUUUGAUCGUAGCCUCUAAAGUAAAUGCGUCUAAUGCGGAUUGUGACGUGAGGAAAAAAAUAAAAAAAUAAAAAAUAAAAGAAAAAGAGAAAAUCGCCGUCUUAGCGUUGUAAGGGCGUGAUGAGACGUAUUAAACGCGAAGGUAUAUAUGUAUACAUAACGCAAAUUAUAAAUAUGAAAAUACAAAUAUAUAAAUAUAAAUAUACGAAUUACGGGGGACUAUAUUGGGUAUACAUAUAUAAAUAUAUAUAUGUUAUAUAAUAUAUAUAUUAUUAUAAUAUUUAUGCUUUGCGACGUUGAUUUGAAUGUUGUUAUUUACAAGAAAACCAAAAGAAACGAGACAUUCUUAUGAAUAUGCUCGACAUAUGUAAUAAAAGAAGGGUUACGUAAGAA